GUUGGGAGUGUCUACUAUGAUGCUGGUCGACUAUAAUUCUGUCUGUACGAAGCCUGAAAAUGCAGAAAGACACGGUUACCUGGACACAGCUGGGAAUCAGCUGACUGCAGGUUUUCUUGAAUAUUACAUUCUACCAGUGCAAAGACAUAGUGAUGGAGAGAAUCAUAUCCGAGUGCACAGACCGAGAGGAAACAGAAGAGGAAACAAAAAAGGAAGACGACCUCAGCGGUGUGGAGCGUCAGAAAGCCUGGGAACCAAACUUCUACUGCAAUGUGACCAAGGAGAUUCAUUACUAUGCUGGACAUGAAAUCAGGAUCUAUGAGUCUCUUGAUACUUAUGGUGCCACCAUCUGGCCUGCGGGAGUCGCACUAUGUCGGUAUCUGGAUUCUAAUCGAAGAACGAUUGAUCUGCAAGACAAAGCAGUCUUAGAGCUUGGAGCAGGAACUGGCUUGGUAUCCAUUGUGGCCAGCCUCUUGGGUGCUUGGGUCACCGCCAGUGACCUUCCUGAACUCAUGGGAAACCUGCGAUGUAACUUGAGCAGAAACACAAGAGGAUACUGUAGAUACACACCCCAAGUGGCAGUGGUGACAUGGGGCUAUGACCUUGAGCAAACCUUUCCCCGCUCUGUUUAUCGAUACGAUUACAUUUUGGCCGCAGACGUAGUCUACCAUCAUGACUUCUUAGUCGAGCUGUUAGUGACCAUGCGCCAUUUCUGCCAACCAGGCACGACCCUGAUCUGGGCCAAUAAGAUCCGCUUUGAGUCUGAUCUGGUAUUUACGGAGAACUUUAAAAAGACCUUUAACACCAUGUUACUUGCAGAUAUGGGUGAGAUUAAAAUUUACUCUGCCACCAUGAAAGAUGAGGUUGAGGUAGAAAAUGAUUAUCCAGUGAUGGUGUUAGAGGAUGCAGCGAAGCAGGAAACUGAGUCGGAAAAGCGCAACUUUGGAGAUAUUAACAAGAUGCAGGAUCAGUGUGCGGAUGAGGAUGAAGUGGAGGAAUCCAACAGAGAUUCACAGCAAAAGAAUGUCAAUACUACAGGAGAAGAAACUGAAGAUAAGUGUGAAGAUAAAUACAAAGAAGCAGAAUCACAUGACUCAGAGAGGAAUGAACAGUCGGUCUUCCAGAGAUGCUCUUCACCCAGCAUGGAGUAUAAACUAGACAAAGAGGUUUAUAACUUUCAUGGUCACAAAAUCUGCAUUGAAAAUUCCAACAGUGACAUCACAUGUCCCGCUGCAGUGGCUUUAUGCAAAUUCCUUGAAACACCAGCAGGUCGAGAGCAGAUUGCUUUACAUGACCGAACUGUACUAGAGCUGCAUGCAGGAACAGGAUUGCUGUCAAUAGUAGCUACGCUGUUGGGUGCCAGAGUAACAGCUACAGACCAACCAGAAAGCUUGGAGAAUCUAAGAAGUAACUUGUAUCAAAAUACAAGAAGUCAUCAGCAGCACAAACCUCGGGUGGCAGCGCUAACACAUGACCUCGAGCAAAUCUUCCCCCAUUCCAAGUGUCAUUAUGAUUACGUGCUGGCAGCUGAGGCGCUCUACAACCACGACUGCUUUACUGAGCUAUUGGUUUCCAUGAAACAUUUCUGCCAACCAGGCACAAAUCUGAUCUGGGCUAUUAAAGUGUGUUACCCGUCUGACCUGAUCUUCAUUGACGACUUCAAUAAAGCUUUCCAUACCACCAUGCUCGCAGAGCUGGAUAGGGUGAGGAUUUACUUGGCAACUCACAAAGCUCCAGACAAUGAGGAUGACCUGAUGAACACAACAAGCAUGGAGGAAGAGAUGGAAAAGUGUCGGUCAGCAUGGAACAACACAGAGGAUGGGAAUCCAACCAGGGAAAAGACACGAAACAGCCAAGAUUGCAGUAUAGAUAGUGAAGAAAAUAAGGGAAGAUGUGAAGAAGCUGUUCUACGUCACCAGGAACUGAAGCAUGAGCAAGAACUAAAUGUAGGAACUGACAGUGAAGGAAAAGAGUCCCUGGUUCAUGGUGAAUCUGAGUCUUUUUUUACAGAUGAGUCAGAUGAAGAGUCAUCUUGUCAGAGGAUUUGGGAAUCCAAAUUUUACUUUCCUGGCAAAGAGAUUCACUACUUCAUGGGUCAGAAAAUCAUCAUAGAGGAGUCAUUUGAUUCGUACGGCGCCAUGAUUUGGCCUGCGGCAGUGGCUCUUUGUAAAUUCCUGGAAACAGCAAAAGGGAGCCAGCAAAUUAAUCUACAUGACAAAACAGUUCUGGAGAUUGGCGCAGGGACUGGGCUACUCUCAACUGCCAUUACCUUGCUUGGUGCCAAAUUAACAGCCACAGAUCUGCCAGAAAUCUUAAAUAAUCUGAGAUAUAACCUCAAUCGGAAUACCAGGUGGCUGCGCAGACAUGAACCUCAGGUAAAAGAAUUGUCCUGGGGUUUCGAGUUAGAAAAAACCUUCCCUCGCUCCUUACACCACUACGACUACGUGCUGGCAGCCGACGUGGUUUACCAUCAUAACUUCCUAGACGAGCUUCUAGCCACCAUGCAUCAUUUCUGUCAACCAGGCACAACUCUCAUCUGGGCCAAUAAGAUACGAUAUCCGUCUGACCUGACCUUCUUAGAACACUUUGAGAACAUUUUCCACACCACACUAUUAGCGGAGCUGGAGGAGGUACGGAUUUAUAGCGCCACAUAUAAAUCUUCAUAAAGAAGAAGGGCAAGAAUGAGAUGAUGUAGAAUGAGAUGGUGAAGAAUUGAAGAACACAUUGUAGAAUUUCUCGGUUCAAAUCCUCCUGGGAAGUUCGUAAUUACGAAGUCAGGUGCAACGUGUCAAGCCUUCCACUUAUACCCAUCUGAUGAAACUGGGUACGUCUUUGUGAGUUGGUUUUAAAGAAUAGGCUCGUAUAUGCCAACAGAAAACCACUCCCUGUUACUAGCUGAGAGAAGAUUUAGAGGUGUGUAAAAGUACUCUGUAGACAAACCCAGUGUGUCCAUUAUUUCCCAGUUGCUGAACAAAGCCUGGUGUUUCCAUGUGCUUGAUUAAACUUAAGGCCAGAAAGUUUCUGUAGGUGUUUAAAUGUAGAGCAAUGACAACUAUACGGAUAGAAUAAAAGCUUAAUGAACGCUUUAAUCGAAGCACAGCUUUGUGUAAGUUUCAUAUUUCUCAUAUAUGUUUGGAUGAUGUAUUUUAUUACUGCUGUAGAAACAGGAAUUAAAAAUCUAAACCUUUAUUCGUUUCUAGUCUACAGUAAUGUUCUCAACACUACCAGACACUCAGAUAUUAUCACAAAUAUUAAUAAGCAGAGAAAUAUAAUUUAGUAAGGCAGGUGAUAUAGUAUUAUAACCCUCACUUAAUGUCAUACUGGCGAUUAUACAUAAACACAGCAGUGUUUAAGCCAGGAAUACUGUAGUGGUGUUAAAUUGUAAAUGUACGUCACUUGCCUAGAUUUACUUCUCUUUAUUGUUUUGAAAGUGAAAAACCCAAAAAAUGAUUCUGAAAUAUUUGCAUAUGCUGCUUGGAGGAAUAAUUUCAUAAAUAUUUUGUGAUUAAUGUGUCUGUAAUGUGAAUUGUGUUCAAUGCUGUUGGUUUUUAUAC